AUGGAGUGUAAAAUUAUUUUAUUGAUUGCGGUUAUUUUCAGUUGUAUAUUGUUCUGUAAGGCUCAGUCUUAUGACGAUGCUCGUUGUAAAUGUUUAUGUCCAAAUCCUUCUGUGGUAAAUGGUACUGAUAGGUCUAAUAGAAAAUUGUAUAUAGGAAAUGGACCACCCAAUAAAUGCAAUUGUGAUGGAGUUAUAUUACCUCAAUUGGGAGACGAUUUGAAAGGAAAAGAACAAGAAUUUUGUCCUAGAUGUGAAUGUAAAUAUGAAAAUCGUAAUACUGCCAUCAUAAAAGUAGUAGUUAUAAUUGUAAUAUGGGUUAUAUCACUCCUAUGCAUUUACAUGCUAUUUUUAAUGUGUUUGGAUCCUUUACUUAAUAAAAGAUCAAAAGGAAGUUAUUUGGAACAUACAAAUGAAGAAGAAGAUUCUUGUCAAGAUAUAGGUGUAUCAUCUCAUCCUAUGGGACUGAGAGGAAAUGUUUUAAAUAGAGUAGGACAUCAACAAGAUAAGUGGAAAAAACAAGUUAGAGAACAAAGAAGGAAUAUAUACGAUAGACAUACAAUGUUAAAUUAA